GAUAUCGGCCACGACUUGUUUAGUUUUUGUUUGCUCGAAAUUCGAACCACUAAGGAACUGACACAUGGAUUUUCGGCUCUUUCUUUAGUUUCCUCGCUGUUUCCACGAAGACUUUUUAAUUGGCAACCCCACUGGGGGCUAAGAGGGUGGCAUAAACCCAAUCAGCUUUAUUGCUUCUCGAAUUGCAGGUUCACAGAGGCUUUUCAAAGAAAAAGAAAAACAAAACCAUGGAGAUGCCGAACGCAAGCAAGUGAAGAGAGAGAGAGAGAGAGAGAGAAUUCACUACUGAUACUGUUUUAUAAAAACAGUUUUAGUUUCCAUUGGAGAUUCAGUGAGGCUUUUUGUAGCUUGCUACUAACAAAUGGAGCGCUAUGAGAUAUUGAAAGAUAUUGGGUCUGGGAACUUUGGUGUUGCCAAACUGGUUAGAGAUAAAUGGAGCGGUGAGCUUUAUGCUGUCAAAUUUAUUGAUCGGGGGCUCAAGAUUGAUGAGCAUGUACAGAGGGAGAUUAUGAAUCACAGAUCCUUGAAGCAUCCCAAUAUUAUAAGGUUUAAAGAGGUUUUACUAACUCCAACCCAUUUGGCCAUAGUCAUGGAAUAUGCAGCAGGAGGAGAACUUUUUGAAAGAAUAUGCAAUGCUGGUAGAUUCAGUGAAGAUGAGGCAAGAUAUUUUUUCCAGCAGCUGAUUUCUGGAGUCAGCUAUUGUCAUUCCAUGCAAAUUUGUCAUAGAGAUCUAAAGUUGGAAAACACACUUCUGGAUGGAAGCUCAGCUCCACGUCUCAAAAUUUGUGACUUUGGUUAUUCUAAGUCAUCUGUUUUGCAUUCACAACCUAAAUCAACCGUUGGAACACCAGCAUAUAUUGCACCAGAGGUCUUAUCACGAAAAGAAUAUGAUGGGAAGAUUGCAGAUGUAUGGUCCUGUGGGGUUACUUUAUAUGUGAUGCUGGUUGGGGCUUAUCCCUUUGAAGAUCCAGAAGAUCCAAGAAACUUCAGAAAAACACUUCAGCGGAUUCUAAACGUACACUAUUCAAUACCGGACUAUGUACGCGUUUCCAAGGAAUGCAGACAUCUUCUGUCUCGGAUUUUUGUUGCUAACCCGGAGAAGAGAAUAACCAUACCAGAGAUAAAGAAGCAUCCGUGGUUCUUAAAGAACUUGCCAAUAGAAUUCAUGGAUGAAAAUGAUGGUGGGCUGCAAAAUGAGGAUGAAAAUGAGUCAGGGCAACAAAGUAUAGAAGAAAUACUGUCUAUAAUUCAAGAGGCUAGGAAACCAGCUGAGGGUCCCAAAAUUGGUGACCAUUUUCUUGGAGGUAGUAUGGAUCUUGAUGAGUUAGAUGCUGAUGGUGACAUGGAUGACUUAGAAACAAGUGGGGAUUUUGUUUGUGCACUCUGAAAAUGCUAGUUUAAAUCAUUCACACCAUUGCAGGCCAUUUUUCCUUUUGGAUGUUUCUUUUCUUUUUUUCUUUUUUUCUUUCUUUUCUUUUUUUCUUUUUUUCUUUCUUUUUUUUUUUUUUUUUUUUAAAUGCAAGUUGUUGAGGAUAAGGCAUUCCCUUUUCAUGCCUUGGGGAAUCCAACUAUCCCUUGAAAAAAAUCUUGAUGUUACGCUAGAAUUUCUACUUGGCUUGAAAGCUUUCUGUCUUCGUGGCGUGUACAAAAGUGACAGUAGGAAUUUAUACAUAUAUGUUUGUCGUUGCGUCCUUAUC